CCCAGCUGACCCUCCUAUGCGUUUUGGGCGCAACCUGCAACAUUUAAUUAAGUUGCGAAGCGGCUACCUAUGAAGUCUUGACGAUUAAACCUCUAGUAGCAUUCCUGCAACUUGCUUUUGCUUGACACUUAAAAGUGCGUGUGCCUAUGGCUGCUGAACUUCCCAGCUCUCCCGGUUGGCCGGCCGUGUUGCGGACCAGGGAGCUUCAGGAAAAGAUCAAGACGGCAAAGGUCCUUUGCGUUGGCGCUGGUGGCAUUGGAUGUGAGCUAUUGAAGACAUUAGUCUGUACUGGCUUUCGGGACAUUGAAGUGAUCGAUCUUGACACCAUCGAGACCUCCAACCUGAACCGGCAGUUCCUGUUCCGAAAGCACCACGUGGGCCACAGCAAGGCCACCACGGCGGCACAGGUGGUCCAGGGCUUCUGCCCCGCCGCCCGCAUCACCGCCCACCACGCCAACAUCAAGGAGAGCCGCUUCGAUGUGGACUUCUUCCGGGGCUUCGACAUCGUGCUGAACGGGCUGGACAACCUGGAGGCCCGGCGCCACGUCAACCGGCUGUGUCUGGCGGCUGAGCGGCCUCUGGUGGAGUCGGGCACCGCCGGGUACCUGGGGCAGGUGACGGUGCACCUGAAGGGCCGCACCGAGUGCUUCGAGUGCCAGUCCAAGCCCACCCCCAAGACCUACCCCAUCUGCACGCUGCGAAACACGCCCGACAAGCCCAUCCACACCAUCGUGUGGGCCAAGGACCUGCUCUUCAACCGCUUGUUUGGACGGCCGGAGGCGGUGUCAGACCUGGACGAGCAAGCGCAGCGGGAGGAUGGCCAGCAGCAGCAGCAGGAACAGCAGCAGCAAGCAGACGGCAGUGCCGCCGCUGCUGGGGGCGAUGGUGGUGGCGCAGAGGGUGGCAGCGGCGCCGAGGCAGCUACGGCUGCGGCUGCUGUCGGGUCGGAGGACGCCUCGUUCUUCCUGCGGGGCGAGGGCGAACCCGCGCUGGAGUACGCGGCACGCAUCUUCCAGCGGGUAUACACGACCGACAUAGAGCGACUGUGCGGCGUCAAGGAGCUGUGGGAGAAGCGCCCGCCGCCCCGCCCGCUGCGGCUGUCGGAGCUGCUGCCCGAGCACCAGCUGGGCGCAGUGCGAGCGGCGUUGCAGGCGGCGGUGGAGGGGGCGGCAGCAGCCGGGGAGGGAGGAGAGGCAGCAGGGGGCCGAGGGGCAGCGGCGAGCAGCGCGGCUAAGGCGCUGGGCCUCAACAACGCCAGCCAGACAUGGAUUGCGGAGCAGAACGCUUCCGUGUUUCUGCUGGCCAUUGCGAUGUACCAUAAGCUGCGGAAGGAUGAGGUUGGCUCCGCCUCCUUCGACAAGGACGACGACCUGGCUGUGGAGUUUGUGACUGCGGCAUCCAACCUACGCAGCAGCUGCUACGGCAUUCCUGAACAGUCGCUGUUCGACGCCAAGGGCAUGGCGGGCAACAUCAUCCACGCCAUCGCCACCACCAACGCCAUCAUCUCGGGACUCAUCGUCACGGAGGCGCUCAAGAUACUGGCGGGCCAGCUGGGGGCGCUCCGCAACACCUUCCUCUACGAGUUCCCCGCAAGCAGGCGCCUGGUGGUGGUCAGCUGCACCGACCCGCCCCGACCCGGCUGCAUGGUGUGCGGCAAGGUGCAGCUCACACUGCGGAUCAACACCGAGACCACCACGCUGUCCUCCCUGCUGUCCGGCGUCAUCAAGAAGCGGCUGGCGGUUAACACACCCAACCUCAUGUCGGGAGGCUUCCUGUACGAGGAAGGUGAGGGCCUGGAGGAGGACGAGGUGGCGGCCUACGCGGCGCUGCUGCCCCGGCCGCUGUCGUUGCUGCCGGGCGGGGGGCUGCGGCACGGCAGCAUCCUCACGCUGCAGGACCAGUCGCAGCACUGGGGGGUGGACAUCAUCAUCGCGCACCAGGAGGAUCUGAAGGAGGAGGACGCGCCCGAGGGCUUCAUACUGGAGGGAGCGGUGCCGGAGGUCAAGUCGCAAGGGGAGCAGCAGCAGCAGCAACCGCAAGAAGAGGCAGCGGCGGCGGCGAAGGCACCGGCAUCACAUAAGGGCGCAAUGGCUGGGGUCACGGAAACAGAGGAUGGCACACUGGUUUUGGACGAUGAUGAGGAGGAGGAGGCGUUGCCUGAGAAGAAGGCCGAGGACGCGGGAGCGACGACCAAGGCUUCCUCUCGCAAGCGUGCUCUCGAGGAGGACGACACCGAGGCGGCGACCGCAGAGGAGGAGCCGGAGGCGAAGCGGGCAAAGAGCGAAGCAGCGGCACCGGCAGCGAAGCAAGCGGAGGAGGACAAUGAGGUGAUUUUGAUAGAUGACGAUGACUGAAGGAGGGCGAGCAGCGGGCGGGAUCUUUGGCUGUAAGAACCGUCAGAUCCAGCUGGCAAGGAUGCUGAAAGUUUUGUUACUCUGAAAGCAAGGAGAGGUCGAAGACAACUUUGUUUGGCAGGAUGACAGCAUAUGUGUAAUGGCAAGG